CGACCCGGGCUUUUUGGUAUGGAUGUAACAGCGUGGGAACUCGAACAAAUAAUCGUACGUUUGGUAAUAUCUUUUAUGAGUAUAUCUGGGCUUAAAAACAAUACACAUUUAAGAGACAGCUUGUUAAAUGAAUUAUCUAAACGGUUAGAUUUAUUUGAUAGAUUUGUAUUCUAUCCUGCAAUGUGAUUCGAGUUGAAAUUUAAUAUAAAAGAAGUAAGAACAGUGAGUCCUUGAGUGAUAGUAGGGUGGGAUUUUUUCCCAUCUGAUCACAGUAACCAUCGAGCCUGACUCAAUAUGACGACUCAAUUUUCCAAAUUGCAUCGGUAUGCUCCCAAUUACUGGGUCUAAAACGUAGCCCGUAAAUCAAAGCGCCUGAGCUUCUCUCAUUGGGUUGAUUCCCAACUAUAUUUCAGCAGCUUCAUUAUUAAUUGUCAAAAAUCGUCGGCAAGACUAUAAUUUAUUGACAAACCAAUCAGAUCUACAACAACGGGUCUGAAAUUUUGGCUCGAAAUUCAUUCACUCAUCUGGCUAAAUAGAGUUUUGACAUUGUAACGUGUCAGUUCGUAAUGAAAGCCCUAAAUCUAAGUUCUCAUUCUAACCAUCAACUCUAAAUCAUAGUCCUUAUUCCUUAAACUGCUUUAUAACCCUCAUUUAUCUCUGGUAAGUAGGUAGGCACUAUCAAGGUCACUUCUGUGUCGCUCAAAGGUCGUCCAUAAAUUAUAGUUUCACCGAUAUCUGUAUACCAUCCUGAAAACUGGGAAUCUAUGUAGCUACUGAGGUGUCUCAAAGUACUUCGCACGGAACCUAAAUGUUUUCAAAGUUCGUUAUAGCUAACAUUUUUGUGGAAACUAUAAACCGGGGGUCUGCGUGACUGUCCUAACCAAUGGUUGGAGACUCUUGGUGACAUGGCUCAGAAUCGAUCACAAAUGGCGUCGGUGAAUACACUCUCUGUCUUCCCUUAAACUAAGAGAUUAAAAUUGCUUAGCAUCUUUCUUUCUACGAACUAAUUCCUUCUUCCUAUACUAUAUCCUUAUAUGCAAUCUUUUAUAUAUUACUACCAUCGAAUUAACUACUUCUAUGAAUCCAGUGUUCUUCUUGCUGUACUAAUGCGGCAUGGCAACUUGGACUGAUGCAUAUAUGUGCCUGGUCUUACGUUGUAGCUGACUGACUGGAAACUAUAAACAUUUGAGCAAAUUAUAGUUUACGAAAAAAAACCCAGUAUACAGUAGGUCUUAAAAAAGUUCUGAUGGACCAAAAAGUUUGCAGCAGGGAUUUACUUAAUCACAUGUCCAGUUAUUACAGCUCCAAAACUAUAAAUCGAUAGUCGUAUGUUAAAUCAAGUAUUGUACUGUCUUUAAAAGACCUAGUCAUUAAUUAUGUGAAUUCUAGGGUUCGGCUUCAAGUGAAAAGGUCAAAUAUGGAAAGCGGAAAGCCGAAUACAGUCCUUUAGAGGAAAAGAACAAACGUUUAAAAGCUGAGAACUCGGUUUCAAACCACGAAAAAGUUGUCGAAACUCCAGCUACAAAAUCUGCUAUUGAAGAGCGCAAGCCUGCAACAAAUGAUUUAAUAAAUCCUGUCAUUUAUAAAGAAAUACAAGGCAUUUUAGAACGUCGUAAUAAAUGCACAUUGAAAAUCCACGGACUCCCUGCCAAGACAACCAUAAAUGAAUUGGAAAAACUGGCUCCGGAAGCAAAAGCCUAUCGUUUACCAUGGAUAACUCGUCUUUACCGAUGCCAUGGAUUCGCCUUCCUGGAGUUCGAAUCAGAGGAACAAGCCUUGAUGCAUAGAGAAAAACUGCACAAAAAACCUUGUGGGAACAAAACUUUAUUCGCCAGUGUUGGGAAGUUCAUCUCAGAAUGUAUUGAUGACUAUGAUUGCAAAAUGCUUGUCCUUUAUGGAGUAAAUUACAAUGUUAAGAAAGGUGAAAUAGCAAGAAAAUUUCCUUCUUCCACUAAUAUAUCACUCGACAAAACUAGUCACUUAAAUGCUAGACAUAAACCUGGCGUCGCUUACUUGACUUUUGCAUCAGAAGAAGAUGCUGUGAAUGCCAUUAAAUGUAGGCAAGGUUGCUUAUUGAGAGGUCGAAAAGUAUCCGUUCUUUUCCACACAAAACAACAAGAAAAAAGAAUUGUCUUUUAGUUCGUGGCUUAAGUAAAAAGGUGAAUAAAGAUGAUCUUCUGGCUGUAUUUCCUCAAGCAUCAACGGUUCAUAUUAAUCACUUUCGCGGUGAAGCUCGAAUUACGUAUGAUUUAGAGGAGGAUUGUCUUUUGGACCAAAAACAAGCAAAAGAUGUGUCGAUCGGUGGUCGGAAAAUCCAGGUUUUUUCGAUUUCUGUUAAAAAAAAGGAUACAUCCCAUUUAUUACCUAAAACUGGACAGUCUGGAAUUUCUAACGCAGAUAAGGAUGUGCCAUCAAGUAUAGUAAUAGAUAGAUCUACUCUGCCUUUAUGUGAAGAAAUCAUUUUUAAGUUAUUUCCAAAAGCAAUUGACUUCUGCAUACCCUCACAGUCAGUUUCUCAAAAUAGCUUAAAAUGAAUUCAAUUUGGCGGACAUUAAAUUUUAAUUUAAACAAUCGCUUCCAUUUCCAUUUCUCAUUAUGGUGUAAUGUCAACAAUGCUGAAGAUAUCCAAACAAAAAUACAUUCAAAACAAUUUCCCACCCUUACAAACGCUGCCGUUGUGUUAAUUGAUAGUGAUGUCAUCAUCGAUAUAGUUCAGAUAGAGGCCGCUGUUACCCAAGCUUUAAUCCAUUAUAACGAUGAAUCUUCGGGUGGAAUGUAUACACGAGGGUUGGCUACCGAGAUUCUGUAUUGCCUUAGCCCAAACCGAUCGAUUACUCAUGCACUGGAUACAUUUGGGAUUAAAGCAUCUACCAAAGAACUGAUUAUAGGGAUAAUUUAUUCCACAGAUUUUUAUCAACCAAAUGAUGCAGUUUUACAAAGCUACUUAUCACAAAUUGUAAAUACAAUUCAAGGUACAAUAAAUACUGGUUCAUUGACACAGUUGGUCAAGAACACUGAUAAAGUUUGUCAAGAAUAUGGAAUAACAAACUUAGAACGAAGUUUAACCAAUAAGUCCGAUGAUCCUCAUAGAUCUUUACUUGAGAGUAUCCUAAGUCGCAUGGCAUCAAGGGAUCUUUUCAGAUCUUGAAAAUACGAAUAAUUGAAUGACAUAAUUAUACUGAUAAUCUUUAUUUUGUAUAAAUUAAUUUUAAUGUAACAUACUGUUCUGUAAAUAUACAUAUGAUAAUUAUCUUUAGUUCUUUAUUGACAUAAAACUAAG